AUGCUCUUCAAUUCGGUGCUCCGCCAGCCCCAGUUCGGCGUCCCGAGAAAUGACUUCCCUGACCCUGUGAGUAGCCAGGGCCGAACUGAUUGUACUCUAGGGGCAGGAUGGUCUUCACAAUACCCUCUACAAUCCCUUCUAAUUGGUUAUCAAUGCAACUGUAAUGAUGAGCACACUUCUUAUGGAGAAACAGGAACCCCAGUUCCUCCUUUUGGAUGUACCUUCUCUUCUGCUCCCAAUAUGGAGCAUAUACUAGCAGUUGCCAAUGAAGAAGGCUUCGUUAGGUUAUAUAACACAGAAUCACAAGCCAAUAGAAAGAAGUGUGUCAAAGAAUGGAUGGCUCACUGGAAUGCUGUCUUUGAUCUGGCCUGGGUUCCUGGUGAACUUAAGCUUGUUACAGCAGCAGGAGAUCAAACAGCCAAAUUUUGGGAUGUAAAAGCUGGUGAGCUGAUUGGAACAUGCAAAGGUCAUCAGUGCAGCCUCAAAUCAGUUGCCUUUUCUAAGUUUGAGAAAGCUGUCUUCUGUACAGGUGGAAGAGAUGGCAACAUUAUGGUCUGGGACACCAGGUGCAACAAAAAAGAUGGAUUUUAUCGGCAAGUGAAUCAAAUCAGUGGAGCUCACAAUACCUUAGACAAGCAAACCCCUUCAAAACCUAAGAAGAAACAGAAUGCAAAAGGACUUGCUCCUUCUGUGGAUUUCCAGCAGAGUGUUACCGUGGUCCUCUUUCAAGAUGAGAACACAUUAGUCUCAGCAGGAGCCGUGGAUGGGGUAAUCAAAAUAUGGGAUUUACGAAAGAAUUAUACUGCUUAUCGACAGGAACCCAUAGCAUCCAAGUCUUUUCUGUACCCAGGUAGCAGCACUCGAAAACUAGGAUACUCAAGUCUGAUUUUGGAUUCCACUGGCUCUACUUUAUUUGCUAACUGCACAGAUGACAAUAUCUACAUGUUCAAUAUGACUGGAUUAAAGACUUCUCCAGUGGCUAUCUUCAAUGGACAUCAAAACUCUACCUUUUAUGUUAAAUCCAGUCUUAGUCCAGACGACCAGUUUUUAGUCAGUGGCUCAAGUGAUGAAGCUGCCUACAUUUGGAAGGUCUCCACACCCUGGCAUCCACCUACUGUACUCCAGGGUCACUCUCAAGAGGUCACAUCUGUGUGCUGGUGUCCAUCAGACUUCACAAAGAUUGCUACCUGCUCUGAUGACAAUACACUGAAAAUCUGGCGCUUGAAUAGAGGCUUAGAGGAGAAAUCAGGAGGAGAUAAACUCUCCCUAGUAGGUUGGGCAUCUCAGAAGAAGAAAGAGGCAAGAGCUGACCUAGUAGCGGUGACAAGUAGCCAGAGUACUCCUGCCAAAGCCCCCAGAGCAAAGAGCAGUCCAUCCAUUUCUUCUCCGUCAUCAGCAGCUUGUGCUCCAAGCUGUGCAGGAGACCUCCCUCUUCCUUCAAAUACUCCCACGUUCUCAAUUAAAACCCCUCCUGCCAAAGCCCGGUCUCCCAUCAGCAGAAGAGGCUCUGUGUCCUCAGUGUCUCCCAAGCCACCCUCAUCUUUCAAGAUGUCCAUUAGAAACUGGAUGACCCGAACACCGUCCUCAUCACCACCCAUCACUCCACCUGCUUCUGAGACCCAGAUCACGUCUCCAAGGAAAGCCCUCAUUCCUGUGAGCCUAAAGUCAUCCCAAGCGGUGGCUUGCUCCGAGUCUAGAAAUCGAGUAAAGAGGAGGCUGGACUCAAGUUGUCUGGAGAGUGUGAAACAGAAGUGUGUGAAGAGUUGCAACUGUGUGACUGAGCUUGAUGACCCAGUUGAAAAGCUUCAUUUGGAUCUGUGCUGCCUUGCUGGGAGCCAGGAAGACCUUGGUAAGGACUCUCUGGGUCCUCCCAAACCAAGCAAGACUGAGGGAGCCAGCAGUAUGAGUAUCUCAGAGCCUCCUUCUCCCGCCAGUCCGUAUGCUUCGGAAAGCUGCAGAACCCUGCCUCUUCCUUUGGGAUCUUGCGGAGAAGGGUCUGAGGUGGCAGGCAAAGAGAAUAGCUCCCCAGAGAAUAAAAACUGGUUAUUGGCCAUGGCAGCCAAAAGGAAGGCUGAGAAUUCAUCUCCCCGAAGUCCAUCCUCCCAGACCCCCAAUUCCCGGAGACAGAGCGGAAAGACUUCUCCAGGCCCGGUCACUAUUACUCCCAGCUCCAUGAGGAAAAUCUGCACAUACUUCCAUAGAAAAUCCCAAGACGACUUCUGUAGUCCUGAACAGUCAACAGAAUUAUAGAUUCUAAUCUGAGUGAGUUAACUGAACUUGGGCCUCUUAAAACAAGAAAAAUAUAUAUACAACAGAGUGAUUCAAUAACCGAUCUUUAAGAACGCUACCAGUUUUCAUUAUCAGAGAAAAAUCCUUUUAAUUCUGAAGUUUACCUACUCUGGUUCUAAGCUUAUAACGCAGCUUCCUUGGGGUGAAUGCUGUGUUUAAAUUCCAUAAAGUAAGUUUGUCACUCUGUAACAUUUUGAAUGAGAAGUCUUCACUUUUUAAAUUCUGCCUCUUCUCUGAUAAUUGACAUCCCAGUUCAUAGAGGCAAAAAGCAAGACUUGUCUCUUGUUCCUCUGAGACUGUGGGUACACAGUGGAAAAUCCCUGCUGGUCACAGCAGGAGGCCUGUCUGAAGGCCAAGUGCUGGAAAAGUCUUCUGCUGGGGACCCCUGGAUCUGUGCUGCCUCAAAUAUAAUUUCAUUUAAAAUUUAUAUAAGCUUUUCACUACACUUAAGGUUUUUUGUUUUGUUUUGUUUUUUUAGUAUGUGUAAAAAUAUGACGUUCAAAUAACUACGUUUAUAUUGAUUCAGUGUUAUAAUACAGUCUCUUAAGCUAAAAUCGUCUUUAUUUUAAGACCAGUGAUAAGUGUCAACACUUUGGAGAAACUAGGAGAACAACACUAGAAACUUCUACCUGGCCUUUCUCCCCCAAAUAUAUCUCACAUAUGAGACUAUGAUCCUUAUUUUUUAUUAAGCAAUUUACUAUCUAGCAACCCAACAUCAUGUUCUAUAAGAGGUUACAGUUUUGCCAUUUACUAGACAAAGAUACUUACAAGAUCAGUAGUCCUGCGUCAAAGCUGGGGUGUGAAAUCCAUCCUCAGUUCUCUAGGGGCUACAAAUUUUUCAAAAUGGAAGUCAUCAGGUUUUAAGAAAAAGUAACCAUUUCUUAUUGAUACUUUUAUCAAAGAAGAUAGCUCUGAACUGAAAGCCAAGACCUAAAAAACAACUCUUGGCUUUUAACUUGAUUUUUCGGAUUUUCUUCAUAUAUUUAAAAAAAAAAAAAAAAAAAAAGUGACCCUCUAGAAUAGCCCUGAGCUGAAAAGUCCUGGAAAUUUCUCUAGAUAUUUAAUGUAGAAAAUGUUUAGGCUGACUCUAAGUUAAUAACGUACAAUAUCUUGGGCAUCUUCUUUAACCAACAGUUUCAUAUCAAUCGUCUUGAACUGAACUGUUGUUUUAUAUUUGUCCCCUUUAUAACCUCAUAAGCUUUAUGUACUUUCUAUAUGUUACGUCCUUGGAAAGGACUCCCUUAACAAUCAUGGAACUUGAUUCAUUUUAUCCAUAACCCUGAGAAAUGUGUGGAGUUUAUUCAUAUUUUUGUCCUAAUUUAAAAAGCUGUUCUUAAUGACAACUUUUUAAUUCCUUUAAUGCUGUAAGUCUAAUAUGUUGAUUACACAUGGUUUUCUCCAAGGAGAAAAAUAAGUAAAGGGAAGGCACAGAAUUGCUGUUUUUGAAACAAAGCACUCCAUAGCAUUAACUGAAUAUUUAGGAAUUCUGCUUAUAAUUGGUGUUUGAUUUUUGAAUGUUAGGCUAUAGAAAGGUGCUUUUAUGACCAUAUCUGCUGAAAAUGAUAUCUAUCUCUUGCUUUGAAAGCCAAGUGGGGGAGGAAAAGGAUAACUAGAUAAUUACAUUCUUCGUCUCCUUGAACAUCUAACAGCUCUACUGAGUGAAAUUGGGGUAAAUGUGUGUUGAGAGUCUACUGGCUGUAACAUGUCCCACUUGGGAAACUAGUACUUCAAAUGGGUGCCAAAGGUCAAAUGUAAUGAGAUAAUAAUUAUCCUUGCCUCUGUCAGUGUCAGACUUUGAGCUGAUCCUGAAUAAUAAAGGCUUUUACCUUAUCUGA